UAGCCCACCACGACCCGGAGAACACCUUCAACUGCAGCUUCAUCGAGCCGCCGUCUGUGGCCGAGCAGCCCUCCCCCUCGUCCUGGUCGUCCCAGGAGUCCUUCUCUUCCUUUGAGAGCGGAGACGAGGGCCCAGUUUACUGUGUUCCCCAUGAAGAGUCUACAAAUGAAACCAAAGAGAAACGGAGCCCUAGCCCAGCAGCAGAGAAGCCAGAGGCCGUCCCCGAUGAAGACGAUGCAGGGGAGUACACCUCGCUGAAAGACACAAGCAUCGCCAAACCAGAAGGCAGCGAGCAGCCUCUACUCAAGUCCUCCGACAGCGAAGGCUCCACCAGCGGCUCCGAGUCCACAGCUGCAGCCGUCUACGCCCGCAUCGCCCGCCUCUCCAAGCAGUCCAAGGAGGAUGAGGGCAGCGGCAAGGACGGCGAUGGUACACCCACACCAGAGGCCAAGCGCAAUGGGAAGCCACCACCUUCACCUGGCAAGCCCAAACCCCGGCCGCCAGACCCGUCCACGAAGCCAAAGGUGUCAUGGAUACACGGAAAUACGACAGGAACCCCUCAGCCAGAGCAGCAGGGAGGAAUUAAGGCACUUGGGGUGUCGAAGGAGAAAAAGAGGAGCUCCAGCGAUGGCUCCUCCAAGAGCGAAGAGCGGCAGAAAAUGAAGGAAAAGAAUCGUGAGCAGCAGAAGAAACAGGAGGGGAAGGAGGCAGAUGCGAACGGCUCCCCCAGCAAACACAAACCUCUGCGAGGUAAGAAGUCUGGGGACGAGCACAGCAGUCCCAGCCACAUGGAGCACAUCAAUGGUGUUGUUCAGAAUGCCCUCAAGAAGAUUAGUAACUUCCACAGCUCCUCAUCUGAGAAGAAGAAUGUUGAGAGUCCAAAGCAGACCCCCAAGGAGCCGCCCAAGAGCCCCAAGGUCAUCCAUCCUCACAUGAACUCGGAGGCUGCCACGUUGCUGGCCGCUCAGCUCAAGGAGAAAACCCAAAGCAUCAACAGGAAUGAGGGGACAGGACUGACUAAGACCAACGGCCUCUCCACACCCAAAGGAACCCGGGAGAAGCCCACACCUCCACAGAAAGCCAAGAGGACGGCCUCCAGCGGAUUGAGCCAGCAGGGGUCCAACAAGCCCCUGCUGCCGACCUCGAGCAGCCUCCAAAAGAUGGUGGCGCCCGUCGCCACCAACCUCGGGACCCCCGAAGCCAAGAGCCCGGAGAAGCAGGACUUGAACGGCUCCAGGGCAGGGGACCCGUCGGAUCCUACGCCAAAGAAGACUCCAAUAAAAAAGCCACCCAGGAAGAAAGGCAAAGAGGGUACUUUGGAUACACCGGAAAGUAAAACACCCCAGCCAAAGACAGCCAUUAUGCCACCACAGGUUGUCAAAUAAGUGAUUCUGACAACAAAUUGCACAAAAUUUGUGAUGGAUUUCCAGAAGACUAAAAUGAUUUUGUUGAAAGGUGAACCACCACGUAGUUUUUCAAUCGAGGAAUCUAAACUUUUUUGUCUGUGUGAGUGUGCUGUGACUCCAGGACCAGUCAAGAGUAAGAAAUGCUUUAAACCGUAACUGAGUUGUAUCAAUGCGGCGUACUAUAAUAACCUCUAUACACCAAUGUAUUUCAUUUCAAGAAACCUUUUUUUUUGUUUGUUUGUUUGUGUAACAACUAUGUAUCAACCUCACACCACAUCCUGUGGCUAAGCCGGACACGACUGUGAGAACAGUGGCGCAAAAAACAUAAUCCAAAGUUCAUUCAUCUCUGUUCCUCUGCAGUAUGCCCGCCACUAUAUUUAUAUAUGGAUUGCUUUUGAGGUUGCGUAACUGUAAUUUGCAGAUUGUCAGAAAAAUAGCUAUUUUUAUGUAUGCUCUCCACAGGUACUAAAGGUACUAAAAAUAACCAGAAAAUUAGAUCCUCUGAGGAUUGCAAGCUAUUCUUUUAUUAAUUUUUUUAUUCUCAUUCGGAUGGACCAACAUGCAGAGAUUCAGUUCUCCACGUAAACCAGCUUAAGAUUUUAAUCCUCAGUCUUAAUGUCAAGGUUAUCUUUGCAGAUGAGGAUCUACUGGAAUAUUGAUAGCUAAGAGCAAAACUUUCUCAGCGAGAUUUGCUGGAUGUCAUUAGCCGUGUUUCCAUAAUGUAUUUUUAUGCGCAUUUUGAGGCAUCGCGUUGGAAAAUGUCGAUGGAAACGUCUUACAUUUGCUCGAGGCGGUUUUUGACUUUCGAAAAAGAGUUAAUGCACAUAGUGGUUGAUGGGAACAACUUUGCUCUGACAUUUAAUUCACAUGACUGAUGAGCUGUUCCCACUUUUUUUUUUUUUGUCUUAAAACGUGCCCACUUGAAAACAAUUCUACAGACUUCUAUCCAUUUUUUUUUCUUAUAUAUGAGCAAGGUUUUGUUUUUCUUCUUGUUCAAGGUUUUCCUUUGCUGUUGGCAAAGAACUGGUUUUGUUUCUGACUUCUUCUAGUAGCAUAUUUUAACACUUUCUGAUGGCACUACUUUGCCCAGGUUAUGCUUUUCAAAGCAGUUAAUCGAAACAAGUCAUAUUUUUAUUCUUCUUGCUUCAAAGUCUCUCGGCAAGUGUAUGGAAACACGGCUAAUAUGUUUAGCAAUGAAAGUAUUUUUUAUUUUCUUCCUCUUUCACCCUCCAAGUUAUUAGGAUGUUGUUCUAAAUUUGACACCCUGAGGUACACUGAUCAUGCUACGUUUUGGACCUCCGUACUACGAUACAUCUUUAAUUCCUCAUUGUUCUUCCAUCCAUAAAUAUUCUAGGCCUCAGCUCUCCGUCGUCCAACUCUGUCAGACAUGGUUUGCUAAAUGCCAAACAAGCUCUUCGAUCUCUCUGCAAAAAAGGGCAGUUUAAAACCUCCUUCAUACUUCUGCUAAAACCAAAUCACCAGAAUGUGCUCUUACUGUACGUUUCAGUCAGUCAGCUAAACCACUAAACCAAAAAAAAAAAAAAAACCCCGAGCUAUCCUAUGUCCUCACUUUGUGUCAUGAUUAUAAAUCACUUCAAAUUCACUUAUUUUCCCUGUAAUAGAGGAACAUCUGCAGUUUCACAUCCUGCAUUUAAGAAGGCAGGACAAUAUCCUCCUUGUAAAUCAGAGGCCGUGGAUAGUUUUGCUUGAAUAAUUGCUGCAUUUCCCUGCAGAUCAGACUGCAGGAGGAGUCUGCCAUGUGCCGCUGUGCUCUUUCAGUUUAGUCAGAAUAUUAGGUCGAUAUCACCGUUUGAAUUGUUCUCAUUUCACAUGAAUUUGUUUAUGCCGUCGGGGAACUGUGUGGGAAAAAAAAAAAAUCCUGUCAACGAUGCUUUAUCCCUCAAGGAUCGUUUUUAUCUCAAGCUGGCAGAUUCAUGCCGAAGCAAAAAAGGUGUUUUAAUGUCAUUGUUUUGGGCUGAGACUGUUAGACUAAAUGGUACUGUGCCUCCAGUAUUAAAAUGUGCCUCAACUGUGGAUCAGUUUAAGCGAAAGAAGCUAAUGCCAGUGUUUAUUUCAAGUGUUCUAAAAUAAGUAAGUCAAAAAAGGCCAAUUCUGUCAAGAGGGGAAAAAAAUAAACGUCUUUAUUUCAGCUGGCUAUUUAGUAAGUAGCACUCACGACAUGAGCUUUAAAACAAUGGAUGAUAAAUUAAAGUGUGUAGGAAGUUCUGUUAAAGUGUAAUUGGCAGGUUUUGAGCUGAAGAAUAUGUUCACAGCUAAUUUGGAGGAAAAAAAUGUCUUGGUGUUAUGUGUUUUUAUCAAGGUACAACACAUUUCUUUGUUUUUUUUUGUUUGUUUUUUUUACUUGUAUACAUUGUGUACUUUUUUAUUAUCUUUGUAAGCUGUGCUUAUAUGACCUUUUAGGUUCUUCUGUUUUCCUCGGUGUCGAUGAACUGGCUUUCGUGUUGUAUUUGCUUUUUUUUUUUUUUUUUGUAUGUUGGCUCUGAAGCAAACCUGCAGUAUGAGUACUUUCCUCCUGUAAAGUUUACAUUGGCUUUGUAAUUGUUCUCUGUUGAUGUUAUUGUUUGUGUAACACUUAACUGCAUGACGCAGAGUGUAAUUAUAUGGCAUUAAUAGCUGCAGAGGAAAUCUGUAACCUUCUUGUUCCUUCCAUUUGUUAUUAUUGCCUCCCGUACAAAAAAGAAACUAACUCAUACAGAAAAGGAUUGUACAAUACUGCUAUAAUACCACUGUUGAAACAAUUGCAUAUACUUAAAACCAUAAUAUUGUGUAAUUAUGAAGUGACUGGCCCGUGCCUGUUUUUUUUAUAGGCUUACAGUGCAUUUUGUAAAGAAAGGGCCUGAAAAGCUGCAAAAAACCAUCUGUAAGGUAUAUUUUGUCUUUUGUGGUUUGUUUAUAGUAACUUUUGAUUACCAUUUGUGUAUGGUCAUUAAAUUGGUGUUUCCUCAUUUACUUCUUUGGAAUAAUAAUAAUAAAAACAAAGCAAUACAUGUAGCUAUAGUCAAACCAGAA